UGAAAGGUCACCCAGAAAAGCUUGGUGUAAAUACGGGUUUCAUUUUCUGUUGUUUAACGUGCAAUAGUUUGUUGUGGUAGUAUUUCAUGAAUACUGAAAGUGUCUUGUAACGUUAGUAAUGAAUUUGCUCUUGUAGCUAGUAUCUAGUAGUGGGUAUAUAGCAGAAUAUCUGCAUAACAGCGGUCGGUACAGUUUCCCCACCGUUAGCUGUUUUGGUUUUGGUUGGGUUGGUUGAGGAAGAAGCGUGCAUCCAUCGUUUGCUAGUUAGCUAGGUUGUUAACGUUUCCUAGUAGCUAUGUAACAUUAGCUAACGAUCUAACGACGACCCUUUCGAUUGUGGCAUUUGCUUUUACAUGUAGCUGACUUGUUUGUUAAUACUUACAGUGGCAUCUCCACGGAGGCCAAGUUAGGCAUUAUUUGAGCUGGAGAUCUUUCUUCGAGCAUUGUGGCUAGUCAUUUUGUGUCCAGUAGAUUAAUAGAGCAGCAACGGAUAUUUCAAAAACCUGUAAGUUACAUUAAUUCUGAAAGAAUGCAAGCCACAUUCAUCCUGUGUUGCCUAUUUCUGGCUGUUCACGGGCAAGUGGAUGAGGACGAAUGGAUCGACCCCACUGACAUGUUGAACUACGAUGCUUCCACAAAAACCAUGAGGAAACCUCCAGAGAGCUAUGAUAACGUCCCCACAAAAAGGAGGGAGUACACGCAAGAUUCAUGUCCAAAGCCUUCCUGCCCGGAGCCUUCCUGCCCGGAGCCUUCCUGCCCAGAUAUUACCGAGUGCAGUAAUAAAGUCGCCAAUCUACAGAGCGAGAUUCAAGCACAGGAAAAGAGGAUUCGAUCCACAUCCCAGAUGCCUGCUGUUCACCCAGUUUUUAAACGAUACCUCGCCAGGCUCUUGAAUGGAAUUAAAAAACUGGGACUUCCCAAAGAAGCACAUAGUGACGUCCACUACGAUGCUGAAGUGAAGCUGUCACAAAGUUCUGUGGCGGAGAUUCAGAAGAUUUUGAAUGAGGACGAUGGCUUGAGAACGGGGGCCUUGGAUGACGCUCUGAGCGAGAUACUGGUCAAUUUCAAAAAACAUGAUUACGAGGUCUGGAAGUGGCGCUUUGAGGACACUUUCGGUGUGGACAUUGGCACCAUUAUGCAGGUCUGUGCCUGCGUAUUAAUUGUAGUAGUGAUAAUAUGUACGGAGUUGUGGUCAACAGUGUCUUGGUUUGUACAGUUCAAGCGAGUCUUUGCGGUCUGCUUCUUCAUCAGCAUUGCCUGGAAUUGGCUCUACCUCUACAAGGUAGCCUUUGCUGAGCAUCAAGCCAAUAUUGUAAAGUUGGAAAGUUUCAAUGAGAAGUGUACUGGAGUGAAGAAGAUUGACUGGAAGGAUAACCUGAGCGAAUGGUUCAGAAGCACCUGGACUCUACAAGAUGACCCAUGUAUGAAAUACUAUGAGUUGCUCAUCGUGAACCCAAUGUUACUGGUGCCUCCAACGAAGGCAAUUUCUGUCACCAUUACCACUUUCAUUACGGAGCCGCUUAAACAUUUUGGGCAGGGUAUCAGUGAGUUCCUUAGAGCUCUCCUCAAAGACCUGCCAAUCACGCUACAGAUCCCUGUCCUUUUGACUAUUGUCCUGGCCAUCUUGGUCUUCAUGUAUGGAAGUGCCCAGGCUGCGAUCCAACAUGUCCUCCCCAGACCACUGGGGGGUCGCCAGAACCCACCCCCAGCUGUUGCUGCACAGGGCCCGGUACCACAGCUAAGGGAAGCAGCUCCAGAUCAACCAGCAGGGGGCGAUGCACCCCUUCAGGCUCCACCCCCAAGAACACAGGUCCAGCACAGAGCCCCUGUGCACCAGCGGAGGCAGAACAGGCACAGGGAGGACCAGGCCCCAGUGUUGGUGGAGACCCUGCGCCAAGCCGACCAGGCCUUCGCCGAGGACGAGAUUGACGCGGAGCAGCGAGAAGAUCGCUCCGAGGCGGAGGACCAUGAACUGCCUACAGGAGGUGCUGUUUCUGAGGAAGAGGAGGUUAUGGCUGGAGAUGAAUCCCCCUCUGGUGACUCGCAGUGUAUUUCAAAGGACAGGUUAAAAUCUGAAAGUCCAGGUGCCAGAAGCAAGUCUGGUCAGCAAAGAAGGGACAACCCGCCACGGAAUUCCCAGAGACCAAACGUGACGGAUGGUUUGUCAGAAGAGAACACCACAUCUGUCACACGGAGACGUGUAGAAAAUAUUGGAUCACCAAUACAGGAAACUGCUGCUCAACUUUACUAGCAACAAAGUACUGGUCCGAUAUGUAUGUGCUGUAAAUAUGGAGUCCCACCUCUACCACCAGGAGAAUGUCCGACCUUACAUUUUGGGCUGUUGAUUUUUAUUUUAUUUUUAAUUCUUUUUUUAUCUCUUUUUUCAAUCUUUGUAUGAAAAAAUAAAUAUAUGCUUCACCAUG